UGAAUUUCACAACAGAUUCGUGUAGUAUAGCAACUUGACGCGCCGACGGUGUUUUGUCCCGUGUGUAAAAUUAGGUGACUUGGCUAGCAUUGGUGAUAUUUUGUGGCAUUUUACUCAUUGUAGCUAAAGCCAACGUUUGGUCUUUUCUCAGCAAAAACUGAGUUGUGAAAUCUACAGCAAAUUGUGGUAGAUUAUAAGGUGUAUAAACGGCACUAUAUUAAGUGCACGCCGCCAAUAGUGUGCAAGGCUCUAGCCAAAAGUAGCUAAAAUAAAAAUCUAAGUGUGGCAUAAAUUUAUUAAAUAAAAAAGAAGAAGAAGAAAAAAGCCAAGAAAAAAGUGUAAAACACGCUAAAAUCGUACAUUUUGUUAAAGAAAUAACACAUUAAAGUUUUUUUUUUAUAUUUGGUGGAAUCGUCGGAUUUCCGCCCCAACUUAUAGACAUAACAAACGUAGUCAAGUAAAUUCGGUUGACGUAGUUCCUGCGUCCGCCGAAUCGCGUUUUCCCGCGACAGUUAAAAACUCGCAACACCCACCGAUUGGUUUCUGUACAGUUUAUUCUGAAGGGAAACUGCAUCUAAGGCUCUAUUCAGAGACCGUUUAGAGGUUCCCCUACCAUUUCUUUAUUUCUUUAUAACAGUGAGUUAAAACCCUGUUCAAAAUGGCAUCAUUCACCGUCGCCCAGUCAAGCCAAACACGGCCCACAAGCGAAUCAAACAACAAGAACAACAGCAACUGCAACAACCAGAAGAACAUUUGUACAACCGAGGACAACAACAACAACAAGAGCAACAACAAGUGCAACGGUAUUACCAAGACGGAUUACGAAUACGUCAAAUUCAAGCAAGAUAAUAUUGAUCCAGGAGCAACAACAACAACAACAACAACCACAACCAAUUAUAGAGCAAACGAAUUUGUGUUCACUGAACGAGACAGAUCAUCAAACAAUAGCGAUACAAUUGAAGCCAUCGCAAAGAUUAUUGGUGAUAACUUCAGCGCCCAAUACUGGCCAACCGAAGAUCUAUCAAAUUCGCAGACAAGCGCAACAAACGCAGCAAACGCAACAGCAGCAACAACAGCAACAACAGAGGAAGAGUAUAAGCUUACAACAGCUACAAAGAGCACGCUUAAUAGCGAAAACAAACCGAACAACACCACUGAGUGCCUCAGCAAUCAGGGUACCCUUUUUACCAGGCUCGCCAUCCAGGCCGCCAAUACUGAAACCGAGUUCGCCAAUAAGGAAAAACUCAAACUUGGUGACAUUAACGUCCCCAUUGGUCUUAGGAGAACCAAUAGCAAGCAAUCCAAAUACGAUUACGCAAUUAACGCAAACGCAAAGGCAAACGCCAACAUCAACGGUGAAUACGUUGACAGACACCGUCUACUUGACGACCGUAUUGAAUUCCACAAAUCUCAAUCAGAUUCAGGAGCAAAACAAGAAUUCGGAGAUAAUAUUAGCUCAGAACUCCGCCAAUCUAAUAGACAAUUAUAUGAAUUUGUGUGCGCCAUCACAACAACAACAACAAUCGCCGCAUUCAUCUGUGCAAUUUAUGCAAACACAAACGCAAACGCAACCACCAAGAACACUAGCCGCCAUGGCUGGGAUUCAGUUGACAGGUGCCGACGAGCACAUGUCGCCCGCGUACAUGAGUGGAGCAACGCCUACUGCUACAGUUGAAGAGAUAAAUGUUCCGGUAUUCAUAGAUGAAUAUCUACAACAGCCUACGGCUACGCAUACUGAAGCAGCAACUAAUAUCAACUACAGCCAAAUCAACAGCAACUGCAGCAGCAGUAGCAGCAGCAACAGCAGCAAUAUUUGCCAUAGCAACAGUAACGGCAGCGGCAGCAACGCCAACAACAUCAUAAACGGCAACGGAUUUGUAGAUUUUGAAUUUGACAUGGCAUUGUUUCCGGAUAGUAGUGACGCAGACAUUUAUAGCAGCAACAGCGACAACAAUUACUCUAGUACAACCAACACUAUGAGUAACAAUACAAUGAACAACAACAUCGGCGAUAUCUUCUGUACCGACUUCGAUGACACCUUAUUAAACUUCAUUAAUAAUAACAACAAUAAUAUUAAUGUUAAUAACAACAACAACAAUAACAACAACAACAACAACAUCAAUAACCAACCUGCUGACAUUAAAUAUGAGAACUCAGAGGAUUUAUCAAAUUUCGAUAUCGACCGCUAUCUUUCAAAGGGCUCGGAUAUGGAUGAAAUUAUGUCUGAUGAUUUAGCAUGUCCUGAGGAUGCGGUCAAUAUUAAUAAUUUGAAUUACGAUGACAUUUUAAUUAGUUCACAGGAUCCAAUGUUGGCAUCAUCGAAUAAUGUGUGCAGUGCCAGCAAUAUCAGCACCAGUCAACAAUUGUGGUCCAAUAUCAACAAUUCGGAGCCCAUCGUACCGAAAAUCGAGGAUCAUGACGAAAUUAUGGAAGUGGAAACGGCCGAUAUGGAAUUACCAUCAUUACCAUCAUUGCCAUCAACAACUAGUACUCGAAUGCAGCAAAAGCGUGUGAAAUUGCAUCUAACAACUGCAGCUGUACAGAUAGCAGAUUCACUCUCGACACCCGACGUACUCGGCGGUAUUGUGGAUCUACAGGAUGAAAAAAUGGCAAUAGGCUCCACAAAUUAUAGCGAAACCAGCAUCCAUGAUAUUGUAGAAGGUUUACAAAAUCCCACCAGCCAUCCGUUGAGCUACAACGAAGAGGAUUUGCCACCAACACCGCGCAGUUACACCUCCACUUCAACAUACACCAAUGAUUAUGCGCCGUACUCACCGACACCAUCAAACAUAUCGAGCACUCAGCUGAUGAAUGGUAGUAACAAAAAGAAACGCGGACGUCCUGCUAAAGUGCGCAGCGAUCAACCAGAUCCUACACAGUUAGAGAAUAUGUCUGAGGCUGAACGUAAGAAGGCAAUGGAUCGCGCCAAGAAUAACGAAGCUAGUCGUGUAUCACGUCAGAAGAACAAACAACGCGAGGAACGUGAAAGAGAAAAGGAGACCGAACUGCUUGCGAUAAAUACACUAUUGCGAGCAAAGUAUGAUAGACUAGUAAAACUAAAGGAUAAGCUGAAACGCGCACUGAAACGAGGACUAGCCAAUAAUAGACCACACAGCUUCAAUUGAAUGCCUUAGAGAUCUAUUCAUUUAUUACAUUUGUUUAGUGUCAUUUGUUGAAAGUUGUUGUUAUUGUCAUUGUUACUAAGCAGCAACUUAAGUAUACCUGCAUAAAUAUAAGUACAUAUGUAUAUUAAGGUGUCAUAAUUUAGUUGUUCAUUUAUAAGAAAAAGUCGCAUGUGCAAAAAUACUCCACACUCAAUGUUGUUCGAAGAGAAAUGUUAAAUCGUGGAGAUUUUCUAUUUUUUAAUCAAUUAAAUACUUAUUCUUUUAAAAUUCUUAUAAUACAUAUACAUAUAUAUUUUUAAGUUUAUAUGGAAAAGAAAAUUAUCUUAAACAUAGUUUACAAAACAUAUAUAUACAUAUACAUAUAUACACAAUAGUUUUAAAUAAAUGGAAUAAAAAAAGUAGAUCGCAAGUUUGUGAAACAAGCGAUCGUGACAAACAAAAUACGAAA